CAACCAAAGUAUACAGAUCCUAAUUAAUAUAAAGUAAACAUAAUAAACGAAGUACAAUAUACGUAAUCUAGAAACACUGUUUGACAAUACAAGCUAUCUGAUAUUAUAAAUACAAGAGGAACAUAUAUUUACUCUCAUAUUAACAUCACAAAGUACGCCAUCAUGGAAUUAGAAAGGAAAUUUUGUAAUAAUAUUUUAGAAGAUAAAGGUAAAAUUAACAAAAGUGAUCAAAAUACUAUAUCUCUACCGUUAAAAGAAGCUUUAAAUAGCAUUAUACAUAAAGAAAAAUAUACAACAUAUGAAUUAAGUACAAGAAAUGUUGCUUUAGACGGUGGUAACUUCUUAGCAACAUUGAUUACAGCAGAUAUAAAAGGAAAAACCAAAGAUGGCGCAAAAGAGAUAAAUAUUUUCAUAAAAAACAUUAUACGAGGUGAUUUUAUAUCUUAUUUAUCAAUAUCCGACGUAUACUUAAGAGAAUUAUUUGCUCAUAAUGAACUACUUAAAAUAUACAGUAAACUACAAGAAGAAGCCGCUGUACCUUUAGAAGAAAGAUUUAAUACAGUAAAAUGCUACGAAGAAAGUAGUUCUGAUUUUAUUAUUUUAGAUAACUUAGAAAAUCAAGGUUUCACAACCGUUGACAGAUUGGAACCAGUGUCUUUGAAUUUCGCUGAGAUAUCUGUGAAGCAACUGGCCAAAUUUCAUGCCCUAUCUUUUGUACUGAAGAAGAUGAUGCCGGAAUAUUUCAGAGAGAAAGUGAAGCCUCUUAAAAUGGUUAUGAACUAUGAUGACAAGGAUUGGAAGAUGCUUGUAAGGAACUUCAGCUACGUAUCUAUAAAUAAUACAGAAGACGACAAUAUAAAGAAGAAAUUAGAAGAUUUAAUCCCAAUUACACUUAAAAAAUUACCCGAGUAUUAUUUAAAUACGAGUGUAGAAUGUUUGUGUCAUGGAGACUACAGAUCAACUAAUUUGAUGGUAAAAAUAAAUAAUGGUGAAGUAACAAAACUCAUCGCAAUCGACUACCAGUUCAUGUACUGCGGCAAUCCACUGAACGACUUAAUGUUCUACAUCUUCACGGCAACUGACCAGCAGUUCAGGGAACGGCACUUGGAGUACAUCAAGAACUUAUACCAUGACACCAUGACGACCUUCCUCAAAUACUUCGAUAUUGACGUAGAAGACUAUUACCCUAGGAGGGAUUACGAACGGUUGUAUAAAGAGAGACUUGACUUUGGUCUGAUGAGUUCUAUUUGGGUGUUGCCAUUAACUUUAGCUCCCGGGGAGGACGCUCCUGAUUUUUCCAAAACCGCCCCAUGUAAUAUUCAGUUAAAAGUACAUAGUAAUUUCAAAUCCAGGUGGAACGGCAUUGUUAAUGAUUAUACAAAAUGGGGAUACUUAUAG